AUGGUCGAUAACCCAGCGGAGAACGGGCUUAGGCCUCACCACCAAAAGCACCCGUCGCGAGCCGGAUCGCUGUCAGCUUUGUCCCUCACCGCACCUGCGGACCGACCGACCGAUGCUGCUUCUGACACAACAGGUCACGCAUCUGGAUCUGGGACAGAAACGCCAACGAUUCCGCACGCUGGACUGACGCAAUUACCUCCAAACAGCCCGGCGAAAGAUAACAUCAAAGAGGGACUAGGAAGCUUAAAUCGGUGGUCCCAAUCGACAACGUCGAGCAAUAGCCGUGCUUCUCCAAAAAGCGGGUUGAGCCCGGCCCGGGCACCUCGAACAACUGGACCGCCCCGGCACAGCAGUGAACAUGGUCUACCACAACUCCAGUUGCCCGAUAUUGGCGCUUUGCCCAGCCUUUCAUCCGGGAUCGCUGACACGACUCCGUGGCACUCCGAAGUUCCUCCAGUGUCCGACACUCUGUUCCAAGACCCGUGGUCCAAGACCAGUGACGAAUCCAAAUCAGCCGAAAACACCUUUGAGACAUCCGGCCAUCGUUAUAACCACAGCGCGAAUUCAAUUGAUGUGGGCAUUCCAUUCGGUUUAGGGAAUAAGCAAAACCAGGAAAGGCGGAAAAAAGGCCAUUCCCAGAAAGCCAUGCUGUCGAAGGCUCUUCAAAAGGCCAACACGGCCGUCCUGCUUGAUAACGCGGCGAAUUUUGAAGGUGCCAUGGAGGCCUAUAAUGAUGCUUGUCAACUCCUGCAACUCGUAAUGCUUCGGAGCAACGGUGGAGAAGAUGAGAAAAUGAAACUCCAAGAAAUCCGGGAUACCUAUAUGCUCCGAGUACAUGAAUUGGAACGGAUGGACUUUUCCUAUCGCGAACCAGAUAGUAAAGCGUUACCGGAACGUCCGUUGAGCCAGGAAAGUUAUGCAGAUAUGUUUCAACCGAUUGAGGACCAUCCAGAUGGCGUAUAUGCAGACGAUGACAUGGAACCCGUGGGGACUAUCCACCACUCGCGGGCAGACUCCAAAGCAUUAAGCCCCGAUCAGAUUCCGAUCAGACACCAGUCACUGCUGCCAUCUGCUAUGGAAGAUGACUUACGUUUCACGGGCUCCUCAACGCUGCCGCCCAAGAAAACCGAUUCAUCGAUCCUAGACCCAGCUUGGAGCGAGUCUGUAAAUGCGAAAUUCACAAUUGCUGACAGCAGCCAAGCGGUGGACUCAUCCAAUAUGGACGAUCAGCACCUGCCCGAAUCACGGUAUUCUGAACUAUCCCUGUUGAGUACUCAUACCAGGGAGAUAUAUGAAUCAACCUCCUGGCUCGAUACUAUCGACGAGUCUGGAGCAUCUUCUCCUGCCUCGCUGAGAUCCAAGGCAUCUUCGAUCUAUCUCCGACAAAGAAGGAGCCGCCGUCUCAGCCACGGCACGGAAGCAGAAUUUGAUGCUGCCCUUGAUGCAGCCGUCGAGGCUGCUUAUGACGAAGGCCUUGAACCGGUCGAAGAACAUGACAGAUAUGACGACGACGACGAUAUUGUGGCAAAUGCCCGUAGAAACGUGGAACUAGCGAAGCAGAAAGUAAGGGAAGCGGAAAUGGAAGCAGAGUUCGCUAUGAAUCGAGGCCGAGAUUUACGGCGACUCCAGGAACAGGCAGAGGCAGACUUCGAUCAUGCAAACGGUGCGACGUCAGAUUACCUGGACGAAGAAGCCGAGGAAGAGGAGCGCAUCCUGGAGGAAAUGACCCGCGGCUAUAUCAUGGAUGAUUUUGAGUUCGAUAUCCAAUCCAAGUCUGCUCUUCCUCGACAGUCAGACUCCAGCAGUUUCUCCGGUAGAACGUGGGAGAGUUCCGCUGCAUCAAACGCCACCACGGCCGCCGCGACGGCCGCAGCUCUAUCCCCGCUUGCUGAGGAUUCAGUCUUGCCACUGGAGGAUAUCAGAGCAGAACAGAAGAGCUCAUCCCUUUCGAAAAAUCUACCUACCUUGCCUGCGGUACCGGACGACACGCCGGCUGAAUCAACGGUAUUGCCUGGCGUUCGAGCACGAAGGAUGUCUAGUCGGACUUCCUCAGAGCUGAAGAUUGAGACCAGUCCAUACGCGACUAAGCCCAAGUCUGAUACCUCCAGCCAGGAUCAGCCCUCCGAACCGUUUCCCCCACCGCCGCUUCCAAAAGAUGAACCGCCCGCCGGAAAUGGGAUCUUUGGCAGGGUAGACGAAGAAACCGCCAAGUUGUCAAAGGUGCCAUCACCAGUUCGCCCCAUUGGUAAGGUGCCAUCAGCACCAGACAACCUCAACAAGAUCAACCCGAGCUUAAACCCCUUCCGCGCCCGGAAUGUAUCUGUGCCGAUACCGGAAACCUCUGCUUACUCUCCGGAAACCCCUUCGAGCAGCGCGUUUCCCGCCAUAGACGCCCAAACAGCGGCCGCAACUGCGACAGUACCUAUCUUACCCACGCCGACUGGGACUGGAUUCGCACCAAAUGGCAUUCCUAGUGAUGGACUUUAUCUAUUCGACAGCCAUAUUCAUUCACCGACGAGCCUGGGCUCUCCUAAUCUUAUGGCUGCCAAUGCUCCUUUACCCCUGGAGCCAUGCCCGGAAUCUUUCCUUCUACGACCAUUCUGGCUGAUGCGCUGUAUUUACCAAACAGUUGCUCAUCCACGUGGAGGCUACUUGACAACAAAGCUCUUCAUCCCACGUGACAUAUGGCGUGUCAAGAAUGUCAAAUUAAAGGCCGUUGAAGAAAAGGUGUCGAACUGUGACUUAUUGACAGCAGCUUUGCUGAAACUAGCCAAGGUCGACACAUACGAUGCAGAUGCUGUACUCGAGGAAAUGCAAUCUCUUGAGACUGUGCUGGAUCAGGUACAAGCUUCACUGACCAAGAAGAUUGGCAGUGAGGUGGGCGUGCAGGGAGCCAUGCCACUCUUCAGAUCCUCACACCCCUCGGAUGACCCGACAGUGAUUGAAGCUCCCCCUGCAAAGACCUCAAGUGGACCAAGUAAAUCGUACUUGAGCUCCUGGAGAAAGCUGCGAUCCAAAAACUCGGGCAUUGGUGGAACAACAAUGCUGUCGAGUACACGAGAGCCCAGCAAAGAUAAUUUGACUAUCUCAUCGCUUCCGAUGACACCAGUACCGAACUCCCACCCUAAGCGUGAUACAACACAGCUGCAGUUCAGCGGGCCCAACUCGAAUUAUAUGGGUGCUCUAGCGCGGCUUUGUGACGCAGCUCAAGUGCUAGGUAAUUAUAUUCCCGUGCUUCCAAAUAUGUCUCAACUUUACUGA